CACAGGGGUUGCUCAGGUGGUUAACUGUAGGCUGGGAAACUUGCAGCUUGGAGAGCCGGGUUACCGGGGAUUGUAAAAGCCAGGAGAGCCUUGAACUGGCUGCAUCUCAGUGCCAGGGUAUACAGAGGCAAAGCCAGCUGCUCCAGACAUGGCCUUGGACGUCCUCAGCAUGGCCCCUAACUACCAAGGCCUGGCCAUCCACAGAAUUCCGAUGAAGACAGGCCUAGUCACAGCCGAGCCAAUUAAGGCCUUGGUCCCAUCCAAAUCCAAGCUCAACACCAUUGAGGCCAAGAGGAUCAUGUCAGUCCUGGAUGAGGCCAUACACAAGGUGGAGCUGGUGACCCUGAUGUCCUACAUAGAGUACCACCCAGAGGCUCUGGAUGAAAUGGUACCCGAGGACUUGGUAACGGCCAUAAGAGAGCACUUGAAUAUCAGCCAGGCCCUGCUGGAGAGUGCCAGCAUCGUACAGGAGAAACAAAAGCAGCUGGAAGAAGAGGACGAGGACAUUGAGGAAAGCUGGGGCCGAGAUCGCUUGCUGUCAGUAGAGAUACACAAGUCCGACCUGUGGCCGAUGACACACCAGUUCCGGGACUCCACCAAGGCUGUCCUAAGGCUCCUGCUUAGUAACCCCCAGGGCGCGAGGCUGCUGCAGAUACAGGCACCAGGCAGAAGCCCAGCGGCCCAGUGUCUUCUGGACUGCCUGGUGGAGCUGCGGGGUUUCCUCUUUGAGAAGCUCCUCACCAGCCCCAUGGAACUGAAGGAGAAAAACCAAUUCAUACAGGACAUCACCCGGAGGAAUGAAAGGAACCAAGAGGUCAUCGAUGGCCUCCAGGCUGAGCUGGCAAAGGUGCUGAAGAGUAAGGAGUCAGAGGUGGAGAAGGAGAACUUUGUGAUCCAGGAACUGAAGAAUCACCUGCACCAGGUGUUCAAGUUCUCUGAGAACAGCCUCCUCCGCACAAAGCAGGAGGCCGAGAAGCAGCAGAAGAUGGAUUACCGGGCCUCUCAGGCCAGGCUGGCCAAGAUACAGCAAGACAUCCUGGCGCUUCGCUCGCAGUUCCACAACCUGGUCAUGGAGAACCGGGAGGUGGAGCAGGCCCUAAGGAAGAAAAAGUAUAAAGUGGAGACAGAAAUUGAAAAUUGGAUCCAAAAAUAUGACAUGGAGAUGAGUGAGAAGCAGGAGGAAUACGAGGACCUGGAGAGCAUCCACAAGGAGGAAAAGCUGCAACUGGAGGAGCUGAAGGAGAGGCAUGCGGUGCUGGUGGAAGAGUUCUCCCAGAUCCGCACUGAGAGCGAGAUCAACUCCAAGAAGAGGGUGGAGGCGGAGCGGGAGAUGGUGCGCAUGGUGAAGGCCGCCACGCUCAUCCAGGCCGUGUGGAAGGGCUAUUUGGUGCGCUCCAUGCUUAGGUCCAGGAAGAAGAAGCGGGGCAAGGGCAAAGGCAAAGAAAAGGGUAAGGAGAAGAAGGGCAAGGGCAAGAAGAAGUGACUGCAGCCUACCGGGGCCCUGACCUGGCCACGCCCUGCCCAGUCCUGGCGACACCCCACUCCCGCCCCAGCCCUACUGUCCCUGGCUUCAAUGAUGGGUAAAUUAAAAAAAACAAAAUGCCUUUA